UAAAAUACUUUUAGUUGGAUAUGUGCCGCGGCUUGAGUAACAACGGUUUUCCGUCUUUCGGUUGUUCCGCGCAGGACCUCUAAUGCAUUUACUGCUCUGUUGGUAGUUGAGCUUUUUACACAAUUGGUGCCUGAAGAGAGAUAACAAAAGGGUUUUUUCGUCCUUUUGGAAGCUUGUGAUUUUUUUAUAUGUAGUAAUCUUUUACUGAUUGUAUGAUAAAAAUUGUGUUUUCUGGAGAGAAUAAAAAAAGCCAAUUUGGUUUCAACGGUGUGAAAAGGAUUCAGGCGGAUCUCAAGUGUACAGAAGUGAACAAAAAUAAUUUUAAAGUAUCAAGUGCUGCACAAUUUGCAUCAAUUCUAGUUCAAUGUGAAAAAAUAGAUACAGAAAACGGUGAAAGGUCUAACAUGUUAAGGCCAUUUUUCGGUGCAAAAAAUAAUCGGUAGAGCCGAUAAGCGAAGAGAAAAAGCCGAAGAAAAAAACGUCAGUGAGUGAAUCAAAAAUUAAGCAAAAAAGCUAAGUGCAAAUUCAAGAAGAAUAGAAAAUGUGUUUAUCGCUCGCCGAGGAAGUUGCGAAGGAAUUUACAACUUAAGGCACUUCGGCUUUGCAACCCUGCCUGUCUGCCCUGUGUGUGCGCGCACCCUGCGCCGAGGAGAGAAAGAGCAACCGCAGCCAUCAUUGAGUAUAAGUACAUAUCAACGCGACGCGACGAGCGCGCUGAGCAAAUCACAGUAGUAUUCGUCGUCCCAGCGGCAGAAAAAGGAAGCGCUGCUCGCGAGAACGCGCCUUGGUGAAGCGGAGAAAAUCGUAGAAGCACACAGAAGGAAAACGUAUAUUUAAAUUUGAAUCAAAGUCGUCGUCGUCUCGAAAGGAAAAAAUGUAAAAUAGCGUGGAACUCCGUUCUGAGUGGAUCAAAAUAAUACCGCACAGUUAAUCAGUUCUUGGAGAAGCGACGCAAAAACCACAAACCACCCGAGAGACGCGUGGAUCGCCUCUCUCAUCGUACUUCCUGUGACAGUCUAACUGUAGGUAAAACUAUCAACACAAAACCAUGUCGUCCCAAAGAUUCUGCCUUCGGUGGAACAACCACCAGACCAACCUACUGUCGGUGUUCGAUCAGCUGCUACAUGCCGAAACCUUCACCGAUGUCACGCUGGCUGUCGAGGGACAAUACCUGAAAGCACACAAGAUGGUUCUCUCAGCGUGUAGUCCAUACUUCCAGGCAAUAUUUGUUAACCAUCCGGAGAAGCACCCGAUUGUGAUCCUCAAGGAUGUCCCAUUCAAAGACAUGAAGUGUUUGUUGGACUUCAUGUACCGUGGGGAAGUUUCUGUUGAUCAGGACCGUCUCGCUGCGUUUCUGCGGGUCGCGGAAAGCCUACGAAUAAAAGGUCUCACCGAAGUCAGCGAUGACAAGCCACCACCUCCGACUGCGACACUCACCAGUGGUCCUGGAUCUAACCAAAACCAGUCUCAGCAGCAGCAGCAGCAACAACAACAACAACAACAAAACCAGCAACUGCAACAACAACUCGCAGCUGCUGCUAGUCGCAACACCCAACUUGCAGCUCUGCAACAGACACAGCAACUGCUGCAGCAGAAACAAAAGUCUACACAGAGCAUGCUUCUGACCAAUCCGGUGCUCGGUUCUGCCCUCUCCCAGCAGAAGCGAAAGCGUGGCAGGCCACGAAAACUGUCCGGCAGUGACACAGGCGAUGGCGAGUAUGAUGGUUACGAGAGUGACAGUCUUGUACACACCUCACCGGAACUGCUAGAGGUCAAAAUGGGUGUCGAAGGGAUGUCGAAUUCGGGUGAUGAAAACAUCAUCAGCCGCUCGGUGGAAAAUGACCCAGAAGAUUCAAUGGACACUUCGAGCAGCCCACCGAUGGUAGUGAAUAACAAUAACAACAAUAUCAGCAAAAUUGCUAGAAGCAGUCCGACGCCUUCCGGUGCCACGGUGGUCGUAUCAACCGCAGCUUGCAGUACGAAUAAUACCACCACCACCACCACAACUACCCCUAGCACCACCAACAACUCCACCAGCAAUGUCAAGAGUUCGGCCAGUAGUUUGAAAAACGAAAACAGCAUGUCAGAUUCCAAAGAUUCCUUCAAUGAAGACGACCCGUGCGGCCCGAUGGACGACGAGGACGAAGACAACGACGAUUCGGACGAGGAGCGCGAGCUCAAUUCGAGCUACAUGGAACCACAAAUGCUACUGGACGAGUACGAUGAGCCGGUAGAGUUCAAGUACGAUCCCAAGUCGGAGAGUGGGGCCGUUGAUUCGACCUCGAAUAGUUUCCCGCCGCCGCUUCAAGCGAAACCGGGAACUCCGAGUAGUUCACCGAGUGGACGAAUGCCUCUGAUCAAUGUGGUGCCCACAAUGUCGCUGUUGAAUACCCAGCUGCCGAAGUUGGCCCCUCUCUCGUCGAAUGCAGCUGCCGCAGCAGCAGCAGCAGCGGCCGCUGCUGGUUUUCUUAGUGCAAAGUCCCUACCAAAGCUUCAAAAACGUCCUCGGUUGAUGGGUAAGUCGCAAAACGGUAUCACCGCUACGCAAACCAUCCUGAACAACCUGAACAACAAUCUGAAUGAGAGUAUGAUCUCGACCUCCACCAGCGGAUCGGCUGGAGGAGGUGGCGCACUCCAAAUUCCCAGCGUACUUUCCGGCUUGAACACCUCCGAUAUGUUCGAUAUGUUCUCGAACAACGUGAUGGGAUCGCCGAAUACUCGAUCCAACUCGAAUUCCCCAUCAACCAAAGGCGCGGGCGGUGAUGGAGGUAGCCGGGCACACAAGUACACCGUCAUUGACGAUACCGAGGGAAGCGUUCGUGAUUUUUGCACCAAAGAGGGAGACCACGUGUACCGGUGUAAGGUCUGUUCACGAGUCUACACCCACAUAAGCAAUUUCUGUCGACACUAUGUAACGUCACACAAGCGAAACGUGAAAGUCUACCCAUGUCCGUACUGCUUAAAGGAAUUUACCCGAAAGGACAACAUGACCGCACACGUGAAGAUCAUUCACAAAACGGAAUACGCGCAGCAGCAUUCGUCGGGCGGUGGCUCGGACGUGGCAUGUGCUGCGAUGAACACCAACAGCAACAGCAGUACAAAUGGAUCCACAACACCAAUACCAUCGGUUUCCAAUGCUGCUUCGUCGAACAAUUUUCCGAGCGCAGCUAUCAUCAACGCCGUCGCGAAUGCCGUUGGCCUGCAGCCAAAGAAUCCCGCAGCGUCCGCAAACUCUGGAUCCGGUAUAAGGAUAGUAUUCCCCGGUGUUGGCAGUCAAAGUGCCUCCUCGUGUGCAGCGUCACCCCCGUCCACCUCCAGCAAUCCACAGGCCGGCACGAUCAGCAUUAAGAAGGAAUAUCAGGAGAAGCCAACGUCUCCAUCGCCUGGUGCAACCUCUCCCACCGGAUCGGUGUCGUCCAGUACAGCCACAUCGCCGAGCUCGACUACGCUAGCUGCUAACAUCCCUCCGGCAACGGCCACCGUUAGCCAGUGAGGAGGGGCAGGGGGUAGGGGGCAGGGGGUUACAAAGCUGGCAUGUCCAUGUUUCGGAGCAAAACAAAAAAGAGCGAGAUGAAAUCGUACACACAAAAAGAGGCUACUAACACUAAAGCAAAUUUGUCGGAUGGCACAAAGGAGGAGAGCACGGACGUUGAGGAUAAGAGCGGGAGAGAGAGAGCUGCAAUAAUUGUUUAUUUUAUGUUCUGUUGAUUAUUUAAUUCUAUAUUUUUUCACAGACAGAGAUCGUUAAUCAUUCCUUUUAAAGGGUAUUUGUAAUUUUAAAACGUAAUUGGAAUUGUAUAGCAAGGAGCGAAACAUUAAUACAUACAUACCCAUAUGCGGUAGGAAUGUGCAGAAGAAACCCCCCAUCCUAAGGGCAUAUGUAAAGAAAAAGUGCCUUCUCGGAGGGAUAUAAGUGUCCUAACAUUUACAUAUAAUUAGUGUAAUGUAUUUUCCCCUGAUUACCUUACCUUGUAAUAUUUUAUUGUUAGUAAUAAAUACCACAAAUCAAACGCAUACAUAUAUACACACACACAAGUGCAUAUGAAAGCAACAACCACUUCACGCAAGUCUUCCCACACUUUCAUCGUUCAUUAGGAAACUCCAGCCGAAGGAUACCAUUCCACGGUGAAAAUGGAGUGAACGCGAUGUUUUUAAUUCGAAGAGAACGUAAUACAAUUAAAAAAAUUUGAAUCACUACCGUAACUCCACCAUAUCCUGCGCAGUUAAGACUUUACACAAAUGAGAAUGAUUUAAUUCUGUAGACAAAAUAUAUGCGGUCUCGAAGCUGUAUCAUUAGUAGUAACAUUGAAAACAAAAACCGCAUACAAUACUUCAGAGAACUGUUUGAAAAAAUAAUUUUUGAAAACAUAUGAUGUGUACCCAAUUCUGCGCACCCAUAAAAUGUAAAUUUGGUUGUUGAAAAGGUGUUUUUCUCAUUUAUUGGCAGACAUUGAUGAAGAACAUCACCAAUAUUUGCAUUAUAUGUUUGAGUUAUGACCCACAAGAAGAUGAUCGUCCGGAGAAAUUCCUAUUUCGUGAGUGCGAUUUGAUAGAAAAGUGGAGAGGACAACCGUUAUUCAUUGAAAUUCAAAUCCAAAUUAUUGCACAUGUAAUAUGUUGUUACAAAUUAUCUGCAGUGAUUUUGUUUCUUUUUUAGUUCUUUUCCUGGGAUUGACCUUAAACUUUUCAUCAGUUUUCUUUUCUCGCGCGAUCAAUCGGCUUCGGGUUUCGGCUUCCAAGUCAUUGUAAUACUUCUUGUUCUCUCCACCAGUGGCCACAACGGGGGCCGAUGGACGGUUAUUAGCUCUGCUUUGUUUUUGAGCUGGCAAGAAGUAUUUCGAAAAAGCCCUUUGGAAAGCUUCGUUGUUAGUAGCACUUUGCAGACCAUCUGCAGAUUCAAUAUUGCCCGAUCGAUGUGUCGAGUGUUGAAUGUGUAUUGUGCUUCAGUGGGCUUGAUUUUUCUUGACACUGUGCAUUACUAAAUGCUGAGUCAAUACGAUAACGUUUAUUAUUGAGGCUGCUUUCAUACUCUCUACUAGUAUAAACAACCAUAUUUGAUUUGGUAAAUCCAUAAAACGCUUCGGAGUCGUCCUGGUUUGAGGCUGCUUGCCGUUUUAUCCGGGCCAAGUCGCAUUCAGAAAGAUUUCUUUGAGCUACAUUGAGGAAUUCUUCCAAACCAACCAAAGUUCAGCCACUUAUAACGUUUGCAUUAAAAAAAUGGACUUUUUUCGGAUGGUGAUAAAAAAACUAAGACAGAAAAUUGUGUUUGAUAAAUUCCCCAUGGAAGGUAAUUAUAUCAGCUUACUUGCAAACAAUUUCUACGCCCUUGCGAGCGGCCUUCCGGCAGUUAAUCGGAACAUUCGCCAUGGCGGACGAAAACAUGCGUGUAGGCAUGUUUUUGAGUUCUCAGUUUUCGCGACAAAAUUGUUGGAGUAGAUCUUACGCUUCAGGUUUGCCCAGAAAUUCUCGAUGGAACGCAGCUAGAGGACGUUGGGCGGGUUCGCCGACUUGGGUACCACAUCGAUAUUCAGCCGCUCCAUCUCCUCUAACGAGCGCUUCGAGUAGUGGGCCGGCGCCAGAUCCGGCUAGAACACCAAGUUUUCGCCCUUAUGUUAUUUCUUGAUGAACGACGCAACUUCCGACAGGCACUUCGUACUAUAAAUUUCCCCGUUCACGGCCAUUCCGGAGCUAAGUAAAAGCGGCUUUGGCAUCCCCUUCUCGCUGAUUGUCAGUCACAGCAACACCUUCUUGGGGAACUUGGUGUGUGAAAUAAACUUCGCUUCCGAGCUCACUUCCUUAGUGGGGGGGAGCGAUUCGCCGGAAAAUCGACUUGACCAUCGUAUUCAAUCGUAUUCCGUUGCGUCAUUGCCUGCAGCUCCGAAAGCAGUGGACGGGACUUCCGCUUCCUGAUAUGUACAUGUAGGUACUUCUUCACUGUUUGGCCGGUUGCACCGACCUCCCGGCGAAGCGCACGCAGAGAUGUAGCCAUGUUUUCCUCGAUCUUCUUCUUCAGCAUCCUUUGGAGAUUCUUGUCGCUCAGGGUCAUCGGCCGUCCGGAACCGGGAUUUCUUUCGAUGCUCUGAUUGCUGCCGAUAGUGCCAAGAUGUUUUAGAAACCGGAACGGGCGUAUCCGGCGUCCACAAAGUGCCGCACGAUAUCCGUUUUCGAUGCGGCGGGGUACCGUUCUUUGAACGCACACACUUCUGAACCGAAUAGCUUCACUGUUUUCGCCGUCAUGGUUAGAGUUCGACUGAUAGAGUUGUCAAUUUUUUUCUGCUGACUCAUGGGUUACUAUGAUUGAUGCUUCAUGGGUAGUUUUGUCAGUGCUUGUGAGGGUAAACCCAGGAAAAAUCGGCAAUUUUUGCAAACGUUAUCCUGGAACACCUCCCUCAAAUGGGUUCUUCCUUCCAAUGGUUCGCAGAAGAUAUUCCACGAACGCCUUCAAACGUUUUGUAUCGAUCGGAAGCCCAGCUCCGGAUGCUGCGGUUACCCACUGGACGAUGUUUUCUUCCUCUUCCUUCCACAAAACUGAGUACUUUCCAUGGCUUUCCACGUUACCAAUCAAUUUCAGUUGUACACGGAAAGUAUUUUCCGGAAUUCAUUGAUAUUUUACUGCUCGACGUUUUGAAAUAGUUUUUUCUUUCCAUCUUCAUGACCAGGACAAACUGCUGACGGGAAUAGCGCAUAUUUGUCUUUUCAAGAGUCAUCCUUGUUUCAUCCUGCGCAGAGUAAGGAACAUAAACAAGACAUUAACAUUAAGACAUUCCUUGUGUACACAUGCGCUCUGGCGAAUGAGCACGCUCUGAAACACAGAUGAAAUGUUCGGUUGUCAGCGCCGUUUUUGCGCCUAGUUUUGUGCUGAGUUUUGCGCUGAAUUUUGCGCCGUAUUUCUAUAUUGCGCGCUUGAAUCUGGAUUGCUCUCUCUGUUGAGAUUUUUUUCUUCACACUAGCGUAAACGGUUCGUAUAGAGACGCGCUGUUUGUAUGCUAUGCGCGUAUGUUUUCUGAAGACUGGUCUCAGCAGCGAUGCUAGCAGGAACUAAAAUUUGACAUUUCCAGUGAUGUCAGAUUUGUUUUCAAUAUUUUUUUAUACAACUCAUUUUUUUCGUGAAUUAGCGGGUGAUAACAAAGACAAAAGAACAAUCUCAAUAUUCAAUAGCAUUAAUACGCACAAUCCAUUAUCAAUUGGUGUAUUUAGUCUGAAAAACACGAAAGUGCGCAGAGUUGGGUGGAAUUACGGUACCUACAUUCAUGUUUUAAAGAAAGAGAGAGAAAAGCGAAAUCUACAUAUUUAAUCAAGUAUAUAACAGCGAGUAGUUGUUAAUAGGAAUUCUCUGCUACCUUCAACGGAAGGCUAGUCGCGGAUGGCAGCGCCAAGAUGUGUACUAAAGAACUAAUAUAUUGUUGAUUAAUUUUACCUUGCUAAAUUCCCUUUCCAUCCACACAUAGUCUGUCAGCCACAAAUUGCUACUCAUCUUCGGCGAGUGGUUUUUAUGAAACAAAAGAACUUCUGAAGAGGACAAAAUUCAUAGAAAACAUAGUUUUUUUGUUCGCCUCCAAGGUCUAUUAUCCAUCUGCCGUAAUUCUAACGCACCAAGAAGAAUAGAAACAAAGCGGAUGUGCAUGUGCUGUCCUGCGUGCGUGCGUGCGCCUCACGGCGACAGAUGCAUAACAAAAUUCUGUGAUUAUUUUACGUUUAAUGUGUAACAACUAUUUUUACGUUCGUUUUGUUGCAUCGAUUUAUUCUACUUUUUACUUUGUUCCUCCUCCCAGCGGAAACUGAAUCCAACUUUUAGUUAUCUGUUGGGGCUGUUUGCAUUUUUUUUUCGUUCGUUCCGUCAUCACGUUCUAUCCCCCAUUCUUCAAGAAACAACUAGCUUAGAAUUGAGAAAAACAGAAAAAAUCUAAAGUCUGAGAAAGUAAUUUACAGAGUGUGACCACCACCUCAUCGAUUAGGCUUCCGAUACCGAGCGUGGCGUAUUCAUACAAAGAAAAUUAUUUUAACCACCAUCCCUGUUGUAAUUAAACACAACAAUAGGAAAGAGGAAAAAAAACUAGUGUAUAAGGUUAAAUAGCAAAGGCAUAGAAAUUAAUAUUUAUACACCGAUUAGAACGCUAAUUUGUUUACGUUUUUAUCAAAAUCAAACAAGUUGCUUAAGAAAACCACAAUCCCCAAAACGGAGUGGACUUAAUGACAGAGAGAAUCAAAUAUUUAAGCGGCUGAGAAACCAUUUCGGGGACUGUAAGUGAUUUUAACUGUCGUGUUUUAAAUACCUGUUGUAUUUUUUUCUGUUUGUUUACUAUUUUCCUAGUAGAACACACGUGUACAUAUUUAAUAAAUUGGAGUAACGAAUGGCAUGAGAAGAAAAGUACUGCAAUAUUAUUACUUGCUCUAUUAUUUUUCGAGCACUGAUCCUCACACCUCCGCACUAAUCAUUUAAUUUUAAACUAAAACCGCAAUCGUCAUGCAAAGGUAGAUAGUGCAAUUUUACGUAUAAGGCUUUCACCGCAAGCAGUUUUUUAUUUUGUGUUUCUUUUUGUUUGUUUUAGCAGAACUGUUAGUAGAAGGGCAAAUAGUUGAAUUUUUUUUAUUGGGAGAAAAGCUAUAUUUUAAGAAAGAAAAUUUGGCCCAAAAACCAAGCGACUUGUUUUUAUCUCUUAGGUAUUUCUCACUCAUCGUAAACGAAACAGAACGACACUACGCACACACUUGGCACCUCGUUUCACCUUAUUUUAACUUUAUGACUGCUAGAAUCAUUGGAAGUACUUCUGGCUUCAAUUUAUUUAUGUAUUAUUACUGUUUCAAUGAUGCUAGGGCGUGACGGAAAAGUAAGAGAAAAACGACAACAAAAGUAAUUACUAUGUUUUAAUUGUAGCUUAAUUAUUAAUCAUUUUGUAUUCUUUAUCGAAUAUAUUAUAAAAUAUUAUAUUUUAAUAAUAAUAUAUACGCAAACACACACCCACACACAGAUACACCCUCAAACACAGCCUAUAUAUUUAAAUGGAAGGGCGUGAAUGUGAAAACAAUGAGCGUCAAUAAAGUUAAAAAUGUACAUGAAAAAUAAA